GUGAUGCAGCAGUUUCUCUCUCUGUGCAGCACGCGGUACAGGACAUGGUACAGCCCCAGAUUGAUCGCCUCAUGGAGCAGGUCGCAAUGCUGGCUGGGUCAGCCCAAAGCGACCUCAGGGAAGUGGAGAGGCUAACAGAGAGAUGGGAGGUUCGCGCUGAAGGACGCUUUGCAGGCAUUGAGUCUCGGCUUUCCAUGCUCGCAGAUGCUGCGGCUCGUACCGAAGAGAGAGAGAAGGACUUGAACCAGAAAGUCGCAGGCGUUGCGGAAGACUUGAUUCGGCGGGGUCUCGCGCAAGGCGAUCAG